AUGAUCUUUGGCCAAUUUCAAAUUUCUCAGUGCCUGAAUUGUCAUGACUUCUUCUCUCCGACGAAUAUUUACAGCUUGUGUGUUUUGAAAGGAGAUGAUCAACAACAACAUUCUCAUCCAUCAACUUUAUCAACACAAACUUGUAGCACUCCAUCAUCACCAAAUUCUAGAAAUUAUCAUCAUUCAUCGGAUCAUUUAAUUUUCGUUUCUACAAGUAACAAUAUCUAUGUUAUUACUUCUAAUAAGAUUAAUCCGAGUCAUCAUCAAUUAUCAAAUUAUAAUAACAACAAUCUUUUAAAGAAUUCAGUUCUUGAACAAACCAUCCACAAAGAUUUUCCUAUUCAAGAAAUUCCAAUUUAUAACAUUUCAAGAAUACCAACUGAUUCUCAAAUUAUUAGUAUUAGUGCGUUUAGAAGUCAUUAUGACAAAUCCAAAAUAGUUUUGGGAGUUACUUUCACUCAACCCAUUUCCUAUAAUGAAAACUCAAAUUCUUCAAAAAGAAAAUAUGAUGACGAAGAUGAUGGCAAUGAAAAUAAUAAUAACGAUGAUGAUCAUCAAAGAAACUCUACGCAUUCAAAUAAUAAUAAUAAUAAUAAUAAUAGUUUAUACAAUGAAGAAUAUUUUUCAUCUUCCUAUGAUAGUGCUGGUGGUGGAGAUAGCACAGACGAAGAUUCAUUAUUAGUCGAAUCUCAUCAUUCGAAACAAUCCUCAACUAAAAAGAAGAAAAAGAAAUCUACUAGUUCAAUAAUUGGAAAAUCAUUUGUUUCACACUCAAAAAUGUUAAAAUCAAAUUCUGAUUUUGGAACUAUUACAAAUGCAACAAACAGUGGAGGAAACUCUUCAAGUGUGAGUGGAAAUACCACUCCUAAUAGUGGUCUCUCAUCAUCUGAACAAGACACAGAUACCUAUAUUGAACAACAGCAACAACAACAACAAUUUAAUAAUUAUUUGUAUAUUUACUUGUUGGAUGAAGAAGAAAUAUUUUCGCCUAAAAUUGGAACUUUUUCCUCAAAUGCUUCAAAUCCAAAUACUCCAAGCGCUAAUUCUACUCCAUCUUCUACAAUGACCAAACAUAAAUGUAUUCAAACAUUUGUUUUAGGAUACAUUCCACUUGGACUUUCCACACAAAUGGUCACAUUGUAUCCAUCCAUGCAACAAUUUCCAAUGUUUGUUCUUUGUGGAAGUGAUAAGAGUAUUCAUUGUUUUUCAGAUAUUAUUGUACAACAGAGUGUUGUUACGAGUGGAGGUAUUACGAUUAGUAGUGGUAUUAGUAGUAGUGGUCAGAGUGUUAGUAGUACCAAUAUUGGUUAUUCUUUGAAAUUAUUUGACAUUCCAAUUGUAUCGAAUUUAUUUAUUACGAACAAUGGAAGAAUUAUUUAUUUGAACACUAGCACUAGUAGUAGUAGUAAUACUACCACCACAGGUUCCAAUGCAUCAAUGGUGGACAUGAAUACAUCCUCCAUCAUGAUGAAUAUUCCAUCAAGUGCGAGUAGAAGUAGAAAUUUUCUUCUCAAUGAUAAUCUCUUUGUUGAAUAUGAUUUUGCCAAUUGCAUGUUGAAUAUUCCAGGAAGUAUUAUUGAUUUAGAUUACAAACACAAUAUUCUAAUUAUGGGAUGUCAGAAUGGAAUUGUGAAAGGAAUUCAAUAUUCAUCAAUCUCCUUAUCACCCUCCUCUUCCUCCUUUUCUUCAACAACUAACAUGAAUUCACCACUCCCUUAUUUAGAAUUUCAAUUCAUGCUGAACAGUCCAAUUAGUUCCAUUUCAAUUCUCAAUUACUCUUACGAUCCUCCCUCUCAUUGUUUAACAUUUAUUGUUGGAGAGUCCAUUGGUCGAGUGGUCAUUUAUUCGAUUCAUGUGAAUUCGACAACAACUGCUUUGAACCUAUUUCCAAGCAAUAGUAGUAGUGGCGGUAGUUGCAGUUGUAGUAACAACACUACUUUCACCACAUCCUCCACAAACAACACGACAGCCAACAACAACAACAACUCUUCAAGUGGCAUUGCCAAUACUACCACCACUAAUACUAAUAGUACUACUACUAAUACUACUAAUACUACCACUCAUUCAUUCUCAUCAGGAUCCUAUCAAGUAGUGGAGGAACCAAUGGUCAUUUAUAAUGAUGAAUUUGGAGAUUCCAUUACUUGCAUUCAUUUACUACACUAUGGAGAGAGUCAUGAAGCUUUUACAGAAAUAUAUAUUGGUACCUAUAACAAAAAAUUAAUUGUCUAUCAAUAUGAUGGAGAGAGUAAGACUUGUAGUUACAAGACUACCUACCAUUUUGAAUAUCCAAUUUAUUGCAUAGAUUCAGUAGAUAUCAAUAAUGAUGGUGUUAAGGAAAUUAUAGUUUGUACCAUGUAUGAGAUUCAAAUAUUACAACCAGAUUUGCAAGCUAUUGGAGAAUAUUUGAAAAGAAAGCUAUUGAAUCGACUCAAGAAGAGAACGACACAAGUUGAGUCAGUUUGGAUGAUCAACACCUCUCAACCUCAAUCCACCAGCACCACCAGCACCACCAAAUCCGAAGAGAAUUAA